AUGUGCACCCGCGUGUUUGAUGUGUCGCAGCGCUUCAUCCUCCUCGUGUCCCUCCCCCCCCUCUCACUCUCCCUGCGUCCUUCCUGUUGCUCUCGCAAAGCAGCAACGAGAAGAAGGCGCUCUACAGCGUCUGUGCUGCUGGCAACAGACGCGCUCUCCCUCUUUGUCCGUACCCAUUACCCAAGCCCUCUUCUCUUUCUCCUCCUUCCGAACUUCCCCCUCCCCAUCCAUUCGCCGCGAAAGCAGAUGCGCGCGGCCGUUGGCGCAGUGCUGCAGCCGUCCUCCUCGGUAGGCGCCCUACGCUGCCAAGCACGGUUCAUCACGCGCCUCUACACUUCCUACUUCAAGGGCGAGUUGUUCCCCAAUCAGCUGGCGCGGCCGCUGGAGCGGUUGCCACGCGGCGUCUCUUUGGCCGCAGCGCGCAAGGGUCAGCAGGCGGCUGCGCCGAGCAGCUCGGGGUCUGGCAACCCUGCGACGACUGCGUCACUAGAUGUGGUCACCUGGGGGGAUGUGGACAGCACUGAUCUUGUGCAUGCGAACGAGCAAUCCCGUGCGGUGGCGCCCCAGGCGGGCCUCGCCCCGAGGCGCCCGUACGUUCCCCUCGGUGAGGUGGCGAAGCUGGAGCUGCAAGGCGACUACCUCACAGAAGGCGGUCUGCAUCAAGAGGCCUUAGAGUACUACGGUGUGGUGGCGAAGGCGUAUGAGCUGGCCUACCCUAAAGAUCAUCCGCAGGUGGCUGGCAUCCGCCUCAAGCUCGCCGGCGCCUUUCGUCGAACGGGGCGGCUGACCAGCAGCAAGGCAAACUGCGAAGCUGUGCUGCAGAUGCUUGACAGCGCUGUCCAACCGCCGCUGGAGCUGAUUGUGGAGGCGCUCUUUGAGCUGGGCCUCACUUCAGAAGCAAUGAGUGACGCAGCCGCGGGCACCGUCUUCGAGGAGGCUGUCGCCCUCGUCGACAUGUUUCACAACUCGGGUCAGUCACAUAAGAUGCUGCGUCUACUCCCCCGCCUAGGCCGCCGCUUCAACCUCAACUUCGAGGAGAAGUUCGUGUACUUCUCGCCCUUUGAUUACGAUCGCGUCUUCGCACUGGCGGACCAGUGCCUGGAGAGAGCAGAAGUGUUCUAUCAGGCGCGCAACGAUCGUGCCGGCGUGAUGCGGGUUCUACAGCAGCGCAAGGAGCUCAUUGACAAGAAGUUUUUUAACAUGCGCGACUUUGCCGGCCGCAUCCACACCAUGCGCGGUCACUGGAAGCGCCGCGCGCAGGUGCUCACAAAUGCGCCGACGCCGGACGAGCUGCUGCGGUACUCGCCCACGAUCCAUCAGGUGUACCGUGACUUCAAGUAUGAGCUCAACGCACCGAUCGGUCGUGAGAAGGAGGUGCAGCCCGGCGUGAACCGCGUGGUUCAUGACAUGGGUAAUCCGUACCGCCGCAGCGGCGUCCGUUCCCAGCGCAUGUUCCGGGAUGCGGAGAAAAACUUCGAGAAGUAUAUUCGGGCGGACGCGUUUGAGGCGUAG